AGGCAGGGGUGCCUAUAAGCAUUCACAUGAAUUUUUUUAAAUUAAUAUGAAUUAUAUGAAAAGGCACCAUUGGAAAAUGUAUGAAUCUUAUGAAAAGUCUAAUCUUGUGAGGUACUGGGACUGCAGGACCAUGUUGACAAUUAGUUAUUAAAAUGAGAUUCAUACAAAAACGUGUUUCCUACAGCUAACUAUCCUACUCGCAUGCAGUAAAUGGACAGCACUAAUAGAAACAGCAAAAUAGUGACUUCCAGCAUUAUUUUCAAUUUCUCCAGGAGAAAUCACCAUGACUACAGCCAAUGCCCAGGACCUGCUGGAGGCUUCCUGCCAUUACCAGUUCCAGAAUGUCCGGGAAGCCUGCUGCACCUUCCUGCAGGACAACCUGCACCCUGCCAACUGCAUCGGCAUGUGGCAGUUUGCAGAAGUUCUGGCAUGUGAAAAGUUACAGGAGGCAGCCAAGCAGUACGCCCUGCAGAACUUUCCCGACGUUUGCGUGGAGAAUGAGAUUCUGGACUUGUCACGAGAUCACAUACUAGAAUAUCUGUCCAGUGAUAAGUUGUACGUGACAGAGGAAGGGACGGUGUUUGACACAGCCAUGCGGUGGCUGAACCACGACCUUCCCAAUCGACGAGAUGCCGUGAGAGAUAUGCUGGGUACAGUCAGGCUGAUAUCCGUACAUCCGAGCUACCUGCAGAACAUCGUGUCAAAGAACGCUCUCAUCAAGCAGUGCCCUGAAUGCAUGCAGCUAGUGGAGCAUGCAAAGAACCAUGUCCUCUUGCAGGACUGUGACUCGGAAUGGGCUGGUCAAAUACAGAUGAGCAAGCCUCGUGACUGCGUGGGAAGAAGUGUCCUGGUGAUUGUUGGAGGGAUGGUGAAGGUGGAUCGUAAGGAAGUCAGCACUGACAAGCUGAUCUACUACGACCCACAGGACCCAAAGUGGAGACUUCUGGGUAAGUUGCCUGUUCCCCUCCUCAGCCCCGGAGUAGCUGCCACCAGAAACAGCAUCUACAUCACAGGAGGGAAGGCAAUGCUGUCAAGAACAGGAGAAGAGGACGACACUGUCACCAACAAGGCCAGCAUGUACAGCCUAGCCAUUGAGAGGUGGAUGGACCUCGCUGACAUGCUGGAUGCACGACGGAGCCACGGAUGUGUCCUCCUGAAUGGUAAAGUCUAUGUGGUCGGUGGACUGGACCAACAUGAUGUUGUCAUGGACAGUGCCGAAGUCUACGAUCCGGAGAUCAACCAAUGGGAAAGCAUCAUGCCCCUCUCCAGGGCAGUGUGUGCAGCGGCAACUGCAGCAUGCCAGGGUCAGCUGUAUGUUAUUGGGGGCAGCACCAUGUUCAACCCUAUUGUUCCCAUCAACCUGAUCCAGUGUUUCAGUCCUGAAACUGGCAGGUGGAAAUAUGUGGAAUCUUCCUUGGUGAACCACAUCGGAAGUCCUGCUGUGACCAUGGAUGGAAAGAUCUACGCCAUCGCAGGGGCAUUCCACAACCACGUCAUCGUCUUUGACCCCGACACUAACCAGGUGACCAGGGUGGCCAACAUCAGCAUCGUACGGGCGCUGCACUCGGCCGCCAUGUUGGACGGUAAGAUCUACUGUACCGGCGGGAUACGGGAUGUGCCGGAGGUUGCUGAUCCCUACAACAGCAUGGAGUGUUAUGAUCCAGACAGCAACACAUGGACUGCUGCAGGUAAACUGCCCCAGGCCUUAUUUGGACACAGGUGUGUCACAGUCUUCAAGCGGACAAAGAACAAGCCGAGAAAAAGGAAGAAGCCAGCAGAGAAGUCAAAUCAGGCACAACUGGCCAGAAACCAUCCUGCACACCAAUUCUUACAGCGCAGGGGAACAACCAUCCUGGGAUAGGCUGUUUGAGCUUG